AUGGGGGAAGCCGUGCCAGUUGGCAUGGCGAUGGGCCAGGGCAACAGCAGGCUGGCAGCAGGCCGGCUCCAGCACAGAGAUGCCACUCCUACUCUGCCAUCCCCCUCUGCCAUCCCCUGCCCUGCCAGUUUCAGGCUAGAGUCCAGAGCCCAAAGGAGGCAGAGACAUUUAGUCGCCGACCAUGCCAAAUGGCGUUUGUCUGUUGCCAAAGACAGUGAAAUGACGGAAAGUCUGGAUGUGACGAAGGAUCCGUGUCUGAAGGUGCGCUGCCCUCCCCACAAGGUGUGCGUGAGCCACGACUACCAGACAGCCAUCUGCACCAAUCACAAGCAAGCACCACACAGCAGUGCGAAGCCCAGGAAAGGAAGUGUGACUCACAAGCAGCACAAGGCAGUGGAAGUGCAUCAUGGGAAGUGUAGGCCAUGUCCCGCCCUCCAGCCCAGCCCUGUGUGUGCCUCAGAUGGACACACCUACACGUCCACGUGUAAACUGGACUUCCAGGCGUGCACCUCUGGGAAGAGUCUGGUGGUGAAGUGUGAGGGUCCCUGCCCGUGUCUCCCAGGACAGGAGCUCAUCAAGCACCACAGCGACAAGACCGUGUGUACAGACAGUGACCUGCGUAGUCUGGCCUCGCGCCUCAAGGACUGGUUUGGAGUGCUGCACCAGGAUGCCAACAGAGACCUCAAGAAAUCCAGUGACAACACGCAAAGCCACUUUGACACCAGCAUCCUGCCCAUCUGCAAGGACUCCCUGGGCUGGAUGUUCAACAAGCUGGACAUGAAUUACGACCUGCUGCUGGACCACACGGAGCUGAGCGCCAUCUACCUGGACAAGUACGAGCUCUGCAUGCGGCCGCUCUUCAACUCCUGUGACUCCUUCAAGGACGGCAAGCUCUCCAACAACGAGUGGUGCCUCUGCUUUCAGAAACCAGAUGGUCUUCCCUGCCAGAAUGAAAUGAACAGGAUUCAGAAUCAAAGCAGAAGAAAGCCUCUAUUAGGAGCGUAUAUCCCGCGGUGUACUGACGAGGGCUACUAUAAAGCCACCCAGUGUCAUGGCAGCCAGUGUUGGUGUGUGGACAAAUACGGCAACGAGAUCGCCGGCUCUCGGAAGCAGGGCAAUCCCACCUGUGAGGAGGACCAGGAGACGUCUGGAGACUUUGGCAGCGGCGGGGCCGUGAUCCUAUUGGACGACCAGGAGGAGGAGGAGACUCACCUGAUUGGCCGACAGAAGGAGAGGCGAGCCAGGCUCCGCCCACGUGGCACCAUUGAAGACGACGAGGAUGAAGACGAUGACAAAGAUGAUGAGAUUGGCUACCUCUGGUAGCUCUGUACAUCAGUCGAUGUUUCUUGCUCUCUCAUUGGCUGUCUUUCUCUGCCUGCCCCGCCUUCUCUCUCUGUCUCUUUCUCAAAGAUGAGAUUGGCUACCUGUGGUUGCUCUGCCCAUUAGUCAGUCAUUCUCGCUCUGUCAUUGGCUCUCCAGUUACCUGGCCCAGCCUCUCUCUCUCUGUCAUUGGUCAAACAUGGACCUUAGUCCUACUGCACAGAUCGAAAGCCAUUCCAAUACCUUGUUCUCCAUAACUUUUGAGUCUAUUCAUUCUUCAUAAUCCUUCUAUGUCCCUUUUCUUAAUUUUCUCCCUUCGUUAUUAGUUUCUCCCUCCUGUUUUCUCUUCUCUGACGAUCUUCUCAAAGUGAUGACUCGUGAUGGUCACGAGACAUUAUGUCAGUAAAGACCUUUAUGACGAUAAACGAGUGUGUCCCAAUUUCUCUUCUACUUCAUACUCCUCUAUCGAACCUCUAUCCUGCUAUGCCUGUCAUAUACCCUCUCUGUUUUCAGCCUCUUUGACCUGACCUAUCUGCCUCUCUUUCUUUCUCUUCAUCUGCCGAUAUCUCUCACUCUCAUAAUCUCUCUCUUUCAGUCAAGUUUAUAG